CUGGAGAGCAGUAAGAGCGAAGUGCUGAGCAGGAGGUGAGCACACGUCUCUGAUCUCUCUCCUGAAGUUUGUCCACAAGAAUGGCGUCUCUUCUCCCUGUUCCGACCCCUUCUCAGUCCUUCUACUCCCAUCGACCUUAUUUCAGCAACUGCAUACGGUCACGCACUACUUAUCCUCUCGCGGCAUUCAAGGCCAAGCCCAUACCUCUCAACAUCCCUCUGGCUUCUUUAGUUGAAGAUUCUUCUCCUGCAUCACCGGACGUUGUCUCCAUUGAAGUUGAAUCUGCCACUAAAGAUGCAGACCAGAUGCCUCUGAGGGGGUGUAAGGCCUGUGGGAGAGAGGAACUAGAGAAGGGCUGCAAUGGCGAGGGAAGGAUUCAAGGGGGGAUAGCAGUAGUCCCUGGUUUUGGCUGGUGGCCCAUAAAGGCUUACAGGCCUUGUCCUGGGUUUGUGGCAUCUGGUGGUAGGUACAGGCGACGUGGGCAAAACAUGGAUGAGGUUGCAUCUGGCAGUGGCAGAAGAAAACCUUCAAUGAUCAGCAGUGAUGAGGUUCAAGCAAGUUUUAAGUAACUUCUGCUGGCCAUAAUCACAAAAUGCAGUCUAGCCUGGUAGGUUGAAGGGGAAACCUUGUAGUUAGUCUGAUGCCACUGGCAGGUCCUGAUUUAGGUCUGGAUUUGGUUAAAAUUGGAUUGAACUGGUGACCUAUAUGAUUUUGUUGAAUUGGAUGAUCUGGGCUGGCUGGAGUAGGCUUACUUGCUUGAAGUCUCUGCUGAUAUUGGUCAGCUCAGUUCAACCUGCCAGUUCAAGUGAAUUAAGCAGAUGUGUUUAUGUUAUCCACCUUAUCAUUUGGGCCAGUUCUGAUUACUUUGUCCUGGACCAUCCCUAGGCCAGUUCUAGUGGGGAUAUUUUGUGUUUUUAUUAAACAUGGUUGUGGGCAUACUCUCAUUUAUAGAUUGGUUCUGAACUGGUAUAGCCAUUACUCUAAUUCAUCUACUUGUGCAG